GUUCGUUUCUUAAGCCGUUUUUAAUAAACCGAAGUGAUUUCACGUCAUUGUCCGCGUACACAAAUCAGCGUGUAUACUCACGUAUCUGCUGCUCAUUGAAACCGCCAAGUUGGACAGAAGUGGACUCGAGCCAACCCAAAGAAAAAAUCCGCCACUGAGCUUCAUGACGUGAAAAUGUACGGUCUGCUCCAAAAUUCUCUCCGAAAAAUUGUGAACUGAAAUGGCACCCAACAUCUCACCGUUGCCUACUUCAUUCAUUUUCUGCAAACGUUUAUUUGCGAAGGCUGGCAACGCAAUUUGGAGAUUGGAAAAACAACUUCCGGGUUAGGAGCGGAGAAGCAGGCCAAAGCAAUCGACGUAUCCGGUUCUCAUCGUGCUUUGUCUUUUGGAUCUCGUUGCAGUGGCAGUUCUCAGGUGAAAUACCGCCACCCGCUGGUCGUUAUGUGUACCAACACUUUAUGAAACUGAUACUGAACAAAUAAUGUACCGUAUGUUUGGUCUCACAAUAGCUUUGUAAACACUGCCGUCAUAUAUUUGACAGGGUAGUCACAAUGAUAAUAAUACAAUCAAUAAAAAUGGAUGGCUUCUUAUGGGUUAUAUGUGCCCAAUUCCGGGUGUAGUCCACCUUUUGUUCAAAGUCAGCUGUACAGCUAUAGAAAAUGGAUAUUGAGUACAUGUUGUUAAACUGGGUGCAGUCAGGUAACAACAUUAGUAAUGAAAUACAACCUGCUCCAGUCUUGGCUUAUCUUUGGUUAGAUGAGACAGACAGGUAGUGCAAAACAAACCAAACCUGGAACCUGCAGCCACACACCGAGCCUAAAUCUGCAGAGAGAAAGUGACUGUGAACUGGACUGCCAAGGAGUGACGGUCUUUGGAAAAUGAACCGCUACGCCAUGCUCAAACAACUGGGGGACGGUACCUAUGGAAGUGUACUCCUGGGCAGGAGCAAUGAGACCGGGGAGCUGGUUGCCAUAAAAAGGAUGAAGAGAAAGUUUUAUUCUUGGGAAGAGUGCAUGAAUCUGAGGGAGUUAAAGUCUCUGAAGAAACUGAACCAUCCCAAUGUGAUCAAACUGAAAGAGGUCAUAAGGGAAAAUGAUAAUCUCUUCUUUGUCUUUGAAUAUAUGAAAGAAAACCUCUACCAGCUCAUGAAUGAGAGGAACUAUGCAAUGUUUUCCGAAAAUGAGAUCAGGAACAUCAUGUUCCAAGUGCUGUCUGGUUUGGCAUUUAUGCAUAAACAUGGGUAUUUCCACCGUGAUAUGAAACCAGAGAACCUGCUCUGCAUGGGCCCGGAGCUGGUUAAAAUUGCAGAUUUUGGGCUUGCCAGAGAAAUUCGCUCCCAGCCACCAUACACUGAUUAUGUGUCCACCAGAUGGUACAGAGCUCCAGAAAUUCUACUCAAGUUCACCUCAUACAGCUCACCCAUUGACAUCUGGGCAGUGGGGUGCAUCAUGGCGGAGUUGUACACAUUUCGGCCAUUGUUUCCCGGCAACAGUGAAGUGGAUGAGAUCUUUAAAAUCUGCCAGGUGUUAGGAACUUUGAAGAAGGCUGAAUGGCCCGAGGGCUACAUUAUAGCCAGCUCGAUGAACUUUCGCUUCCCAAAAUGUAUCCCAACCUGCCUCAGCUCUCUGAUUCCCAAUGCUAGCAAUGAAGCGAUCACACUGAUGAAAGACAUGCUGCAAUGGGAUCCAAAGAAAAGGCCAAGUGCUGCUCAGGCUCUGCAGUAUCCAUACUUCUAUGUGGGUCAGGCACUCUGUGACCCACUCAAGUAUUCAAAGCAGCACAAAGUCCAGGCAACGAUGGUCAAAGACACUGUGGAGGCAAACGCUUUGUCUUUGUGUAAGACAAGCAAGUCGGAGCCGAGAAAGACCCAAACGGAGUCACAAACCUGUAGCCAGUCUCUCCAUCAGCCCCAUCAGCCCCUUCAGCCUAUCCAACUGUCCCAGCAGGUGGACACACAACAACAAACAUGUCCCAGCAUGCUGUCGGAGGAACAGCAUGAACCACUCAGUUUGGUUAAAAAUAAGCAACUGAUGGCGACAACAAAAGAAGCAGCCACCGGGACAGAGAACAGUGUUACCAGAGUGAGGGCUGGACGAAGACGAUGGGGCCAAAUGUCUAUCAAGUCCGUCGACAGUUGGGACACUUCUGAUGAUGCAGACGUUGGAGUUUCCAUUUCCAAAAAACCAACAAUGAAUUCUCUGAGGGACGGAAACUUUGAUGUGCCCAGCAGUUGUUUUCCAGCGUCCAGGACACCCACGCCAUUAAAACCAACAAGCAGCAAUGGAUUGGACAGAGGUGACUCCAUACCACUGUCACCUAAGCAACACUAUCUGCGGCAGUCCAGAUAUCUACCAGGCAUUGACCCAAAAAGCGGCUCCUCAACGGGCAACCAAGCAGUCAGCAGAAGCCUGUGGCAGCUCUUGGGUUUAGCUCACGAACAGGAAGUGGAGCUGCCUCUUAUUAAAGAUUCCUUCAUGUCCAAGACAAAUAUUUCACCUUGUGAGAAGUCAGAAACAAGAGAUACUAAACAGAUGACACAGAUCGGAGGCCCCUGUGCUGACUUUCCAUCAACUUGUUUAGUUGAUCUGUCUUCUUCCGCUGAUCUUAAGAUUGACUCAAAAAUCAAACUGUCCAAGAGCGGGAUCUUCUCUAAUAAAGAGAUCCAGAAAGACCAUGAUGACUUCAGAUCUCCUCAAGUCCCAUGUACAAGUACAAGCUUCUCAGGAAUGAAUACAUUCUCCAGAAACACUACCAUCCCACCAGUACAUGGACGAGUAGACUGGACUGCUAAAUAUGGAGGCAAUCGAUAGACACAUGUCUUGACCAUUUGUGGUCAUUCUCAUUGUCACGCAAAUUGAGCCUCUGUCGAUGGACAUGGUCUAUGUAAGCGCUGCUCCUGUAUGGAUCCAAAGUCCUGAUCUGAACCAGCCACUGUGACAGCUGAGUAACAAGACUUUUUUCAUGGAGUGGUGAUGCAUUACAGCGUAUUGGGUACCAUAUAAGUACAUGUAUAGUGGUUACACAUUUUUUAAAAUGCGGAAGUUAACUUCAAAUGUCUCACUAGAUACUAAUGCAGUGGCUCCAAAAACCUUUAGUCCAAUAUCCCUUCAGACAUCUCACAAUGUGUACUUGAGGGUGCAAAUGUUGACUGUGUAGUGCUUUCUUAAUUCCAUCAAUCAUUGAUCUUGGAGAUCAAUAAAGUAUCUAUGAUUAAUGGCGUUGCAGACUUACUGCAGAUAUAGAAUUACUUUCCCUCACAAUGAGCUAUUCCUCAACUGCCAUUAUUUUACGUUACUCCCUCUCAUUCCCUUCAGUGUUUCAAAAUCCUGAGUAAGGAAAGUCGCUAUUGACUGCCCUAGAAGUCAUGAGAAGCCACUCAAUUAAGUAAUGGCCUAAUUUGCAUAAUUGGUUCAUUUCCUGUGUGGAUAUGAAUCAUCAAGUGGAUGUACGGUACAUCUCACAUUUGCCGACUUCUCAAAUUUCGAAUCAACAUUUGAAUUCAAAGUGACUGUUAUAACACAUUGUUUACUUCCAGGCCCAACAACUCCCCGUUUCUCUUUAAUUACCAUUGUUUGCUAAGGAUGAAGGAAGUUAACAAGAUAAUGGGUCAGUAAGAGUUGAGGUUGCUAACGUGUUGGCAGAAAAUUGCAUGACAUGCUUUCAACCUUGAUGAAACUCUACAAUAAAGGACCAAGAUGGUGUUACAUAGGAAUGUAGUGAUUAUAUUCCAUAUAUUCCAGUCUGAGGGACAAUAUGUACUUUCAAAUCAGUCUCCAAAUACACCUCAAACAGUCGCUAGAUUUGGUAAUGGUCGCUUUAUUUUAAAAAGUCACCAUGGGGCUUUUGAAUACUUGCAAAACUCGAUAAGUUGGCAACUCUGCUCCCCUACCACCACGUAGCCAAGAUAGUGACUAAUGAGGGUGAUGAGCGUUAAAUCACUCCACACUCAAUAUUUUGGCCAUUUUGUGUGAGUGUGAACACAUUAAAGUGUAAGUACACUUCAGCAGACUACACUACUGUAGACUACUGUAACGGCCUCACUAAACGAGCUGUAAAACAGCUACAGUACAUCCAAAAUGCUGCUGCUCGAGUCCUGACUAGAACUAGGAAAUAUGACCAUCGUAGUCCAAUACUCUGCACUCUGUCUCUGCACUGGCUUCCUGUCAACUUUAAAACAGAUCUGCUUGUGUACAAGUCACCUCAUGGUCUUGUGCCAAUUUACAUUUUACACGGCGAGGCUGCGUUUUGGUUUUAUGCUGCCAGAAUUUUGUCUUCCAGAAAUUUAAUUGCUCCCUUUGAUAAAAAGACAAAAAACAAAAAAAGACAAACAAAAAGACUCUUCCCAGUAAAAAAUAUAGCUUGAUUGCUGCUGUCCUCAUUGCUCAGUAGUCAAUUUAAACUAAAGUAAACAUCUAAACAUCUAAGUAAAUAUCUAAUCACAUAUCAUGGUUAACAAAAAUGAAAAUCGGGAAUUAAUAGCUUGAUGUAAUGACCUCUGCAUCAUCACAGUGAAUGUUUUUUUGGAGUGUAAAUAUUCUGUCCUUCCAGAAAGUCUUCCACCAGUUUGUUGAAUUCUUCAGCAAAUCUCAGAUGAAGAUUGUGUUUUCCCUCUGGCAUCAGAUGUAAUCUAAAUUUAGGACAUAACAAUUAGCACAUUUGGCAUAAUUCUUAUAUUACACAUGGGAAAAAAAGAAAAAUUGGUGCCUGAUUUUGGACCAGAUUCUUGGUACAUUGACUGUGAUCAAGUUUUUAGGUUUUUUCCUCAAGCAGCUCCUGUUUUGUUGCCACAUUACUAGUUUGAAAUUGUUUUACUAAUCAAACAGGCAAUAAUAACAACUUGUUGACCACUUGUGCUUGUAUGAAUAAAUGAGAUCACUAAUGAAAGCUGAUGAAGAAAAACAUUUACAGAAUUUUUUUUGAAUCAGUGACUAUAAUUUACCUAAAAAAACAUCUCACAUCCAAAUUCACUAAAUACAUAAGUUUGACUAAUAAGUUCGCCCCCUUACAAAUAUAUGAACAGUGCAGAAUAAUAUGGUGGGUUUAUUGUUAGCACAGAGAGAUAGAAUGUAAAACAAUGCAGAAAGAAAAUUAAGGUGAUAAAUGAAUUUGUGAAAGUAUUUAAUCCCCUACCGACAAAUAAGCAUUCUGACCCCACAGAUGGCUAAAAGACACACCUUUACCCUAACCCAGUACUUCACAAAUAGUGGGGCAGGCCAAUUUGACUCCUGAACACGCUUGCAUGCUUCACUGCUCUCCAUUUUGGUGCAUUUGGCUGGUUUCAGUAUUGAGUUCAGUCUGUACAGUACAGAUGAAUAGCAGAUAUAUAGGUGUGAAAACAUCUCUGUCCCCCAGUGGGGGCAUGACAGAAAAUGACCACAACUCGCCUAACCCAAAGCCUUCCAGUCAAAAAAGCACAUAUUAACCCUGCCCAAUGUAACAUGGGCACACACAGUUGUGUUGUUAGCUAAUGAUAGUAACUUACCAAAGUUGAGUUAACGUCAGCUAUUACUGAAUGUACUAUAUGUACUGUAUAAUAUACGUCAGCUUUCAUAAAAUUGUUGUCUUUGCACCAGAUCAUCUAUUAAUUUAUCUAUUUAUGUUUAUCAUUUUUCAUCUGCUCUCUAUUGUGUGAGGAGGAGUGAUCACAUUCAUUAAAUGACUAGCAUGAGGACCAAGCUUGUGAAAUGUAACUGUCUCUUACAAUAAACGUAC